AUGUCAACUCAAUGGAGUCCAAUGGUCGAACAUGGUUUUCAUAGCAAUGGUGUCUCUUCAAUAUUAUCUCGUCACUAUCCAAAUGUUUUUCAAUUGAUGCAAGAAGAACUCGAAAGUGUUUCUGCCUAUUUACAAACGAAUGCAAAUAUGAAAACGAUACCGAUACAAUUGAAUAUUAAUCAAAUGGAUAUUCAGGAACAAUUUGAACGUUGUUUAGGGAAAUACUUGCCAGAAUCAGCAAAAGAACACAUUCAAAAAUAUAUCUAUGAAGAGAUUAUGAGAGCUUGGCCAGGUUUAUCAUCGAUUCCAGCCGGAAAAUCACAUCGAAUUGUUGGUCGUUUGAAUGAUUGUGAUCGUUCGUAUGGUUCGAUCUUAUUUUGGUCAUGUGGUGUUGAUUUGGAUCUUUUUCCGAUUAAAUCAACGAAAUUGUUCUCGAAAUGUCAAAACUAUUUAAUUGAUGGCAAUUUAAACAUCGCUCUUCUUGAAUGUCAUUUGGAAAAAAUAAAUGAGAUAGAAGAUCUGGCCUUUCGUGAUUACCAGCGUGCUAAGAAAACGAUCAUGGAUGCUUAUCCCCGACCUUCACUUUCACCUUUACAUCUACAGCAAGCUAUAGGCAAUCAAUAUUCACCCAACUCGGAAACGGAUUAUACAUCGCGACAGCCUUCACUUCCCCCGGAGACAUCGAGAGAAAUAAAAACCUUACGCUCUACUAUGAAACAGGAACAUAAUUGCUCUGUGAGUAUUUUGAACAUUAAAGAAUUGAAAGAUUCAACAUUAUCUUCUAAUGACAUGGAUGCUCUCUUACAAAGUAUCAAAUCGCAUUUAGGAAAAGAAUUAAAUACCAGAAAUAUCUUUAUUGAUGAAAAUCAAAUAAUCAUUGUGUAUUCUUCAACAUCUGUUAGAAAUGUACGUGAAAAACUCAAUGGAUUUGUCGAUGAAAACAGCCGACGCCCAUCUAAAGAUUUUAUCAUGAAAAUUGAACAUCUCGAUCAACCAACAUACGAUGAAGUUAUUCGAAAAUGCACAUGA